UUACUAUAACACAAGAAAAGACUGUUGAAGUAAGGUAUAAUAGAGCACCAUAUACCGGAAUAUCAAGAACAACAGCCUGGAGAAAAAAACAAAAAGUUAAUACAUCGUUAGAAACUGAAGCAUUUCUUGAUUUGUCGCAUCUAUUUCCGGCUGCUAAUAUUAUAAAACGAUUACAGUUGACACAACCACCUUCUGCAACAUUAUUAGAAAAUGCUUUGUCAUUAGUAAAUUUAACACGACUAUCCACAUUAAAACCCUCUAUAAC